AUGCCUCCACAGCCCAAACGCAAGUGGCACCGUCCCAGACCCAACGGUGCUGCUCCCAACCCCGCGGCCAACCCUCUCUCGACCGCCGCCCAGCAGCCAAAACGCCCAAAGGUCGAGGAUGCAGUACAGCAGAACGGAGGCCCCACCGGGCCUGUCGACGUCAAGGCCAUGUACAGCACAUCUGCCGGUAACGUCGAAGCAAAGCGAUUCUCCGAGAUGGCGGGUGCACUGGACCAGUCGCUGCUGAACAGCCUGGACAAGAUGGGCUUUGAGUUCAUGUCGCCUGUCCAGCAGAAGGUUCUCACCGAGUUGCCAAACAUCACGUCCGACUGCAUUGUGCAGGCCAAGACCGGUACUGGCAAGACUGUCGCUUUCCUGCUGCCUGCCAUUCAGAACCUUCUCUCUGGUAAUGCUCCUCCCCGAGGCAAGGUCGGCAUUCUGAUCAUCUGCCCUACCCGCGAGCUGGCGCUGCAGAUUGCGAAGGAAGCGGGAGGCGUCACUGCCUGCCUGCCGCGCAGGAUGGAGACGCACACUGCCUUUGGAGGUACAUCCCGUGCCUCCAACCUCAAGGCCUUCAUGAACGGCAAUCCUACUAUCCUCGUUGCCACGCCUGGCCGACUGGACGACAUUCUCGGCGAAGAAGAGGUCCGCGAAAGGUUCACACACGUCAAGACUGUCGUUCUCGAUGAAGCAGACCAGAUGCUUGACGCUGGAUUUGCGCCGGCGGUCAAGAAGAUUCUCCGUCGUAUUCCGCCAAAGAACGACGGAUGGCAGGGCAUGUGCUUCUCCGCAACCAUGAACCCAGAUGUUAUGGAUGUCGCCAAGUGUGUACUCUUCCCUGGAUAUACUACGCUUUCUACCGUGGACCCCAAUGAGGUUCCAACCCACGAGCGCGUCCCACAGUUCUACAUCACUGUGCCCUCCGUCACUCAAACCUUCGCUGCCCUCCUGGCUUUGAUCGAGCAGGAGUACAACAAGAACUCCACCGACUUCAAGGUGAUUGUGUUCGGCACGACUGCCAACGGCGUAGGCUUGUUCUAUGAUCUGUACAAGAACGCAUUGCCUCAAUUCAGGCUCUUUGAGUUGCACAGCCGCAUGUCGCAGCCUGCUCGAACCAAGACAACCCAACAGUUCAAGGAUGCUACAAGCGGUAUCCUUGUAGCUUCCGACGUGGUUGGCCGUGGCAUGGACUUCCCUAAUGUCGGUCUUGUUGUUCAAGUCGGUCUUCCUUCGAGCACCGAGCAGUACGUCCAUCGAGUCGGUCGUACUGCCCGCGCUGGCAAGGACGGACGUGCUGUCAUUGUUCUUUCUGAGCAGGAGUCUUUCUUCCCCAAAAUCAACAGGACUCUGCCACUUAACCCUUACCCCGUGGACAUUGUUUCGCAAGUGCCCAAGCACCAACCGACCGUCACCAGAGCGUUCACCAACGUUGAAGAGGAAGCCAAGGCCAAGGCUUAUCAGGCAUUCCUGGGAUAUAACAAGACGUUUUUGAAGAAGUUGAAGUUGUCACCUGCCGAGCUUGUGCGCCUUGCGAACGAGUAUGCAAAGGCCAUGGGCUGCCCAGAGCCGCCUCUCAUUGAGAAGAGCACAGUCGGCAAGAUGGGCCUUAAGGGUGUUCCUGGUCUCAGAAUCGGCUCUCGAAGGUCUUAA